UUCGAGGUACAGAAAAACAAUUUGGGAUGCGUGAGAUUACCCAGAAUAGAUCUAUACAAAUUCCAUUCAAAAGUCUUUUAACUGGAAAGUCAUUUUAGACCUCGCGCGCUACGUCCGUCAAAGCAUUUUUGUUAGAAAGCGAGAGUUUAGACAUGAAUUCCUGGCGUUCCGAGGCUGUCUAGAUAGGCAGCUCGCUGUGUUUUGAGACGCGGCCGUGGUGUCUCUUGGCAGCGGCAGAGGCUUUUGGGGACUUACCGGAAACCAAAGUUUUUUUUUUUUCAAGCCUCAAACUUUGUAACUGCUGAAAGUCGAAAGAGGAAAAGAGCAGCAGAGUCCCGUUACAUUUCAGCCUCGUACACAGUUCCUUGUUUUUCAUCGUCAUGUUGGAUGUGAGAAAGUUGAGACGAAGACAGAUCAACAGUUUUAACCCGAGAUAAAGUCCUGCGUCGAGCGUUUUCUUCUGCGCAUAACGGGAUCUUUGUUUUUAUAUCAUGGAAGAUGGUGUGAAAGAGGAGCCAGCCAAGCCCAAAGAGGUGACGAGCGCUGAGAAGGCCGGCUGGUUGAAGAAGUCUACAGGCAGGUUCUUGAGCAGCUACAAGGACCGAUACAUUCAGCUGGAGCGAACAGUGAUUGCGGUCUAUGAGAGUGAGGAAUUGACAACAUGCCUGGAGAAACUGGACUUGGACAACUACGACACUUGCCACGAGUUAAAGAGUCCUUUCAAGAAGAAACACAGACUGGUACUAAUACGAAGCCCCAAGUGUGGUAACAAGGUCCAAGAUGUCAAACUUCAGGCACAAACUCCUGAUGAGAAAGAGGCCUGGAUCAAGGCACUCAGUGAAGGAAUCAGUAAGGCAAAGAACAAAAUUUUUGACGAGGUAAAAGUUGAUGAAAGCUGCUCUUUAGAACAUGUUACACGGAACCGACCAAAGGGGAACCGUGGAAGAAGGCCGCCAACAAGGAUACACAUGAAGGAGGUUGCAAAUGUUUCAAGUGAUGGAAUAUUAAGACUGGACCUUGAUGGUGAAGUUAUCAUGCCGAAUGGAACUCAUGGCUUGAACCCAGAAGGGGAUAAACAAACCGAAACUUCUAAACCAUCUGUGGCGAUGAACAACAUUCCAGAGGAGGACGUCGAUGAAGAGCCCACACCCCAAAAGAAAGUUAUAAAGCCGCCCAUGCCCCCAUCAAAAGACAACAAAACCAGUGAAACUCAUAAAGAGGAUGAGCCCAAAAAUGAGGAACCUGCAGCUCAAAAGAAGACAAUGCCACCGAUGCCUCCAUCAAAGGAGUCUAAGCCUUGCAUCUCUGUUGAUGGGGCUGCUGUUGAGAAGAAUGUCUCAGAUAGUAAAGUGGAGGCUGAAGCAGAAAGCACUGACUCUUCCGAACCAACCCCUUCCACCAAGAGCAUCCAGCCCCCUACUCCUCCUUCCAAAAAUAUAAAGCCUACCCAACCGGUAACACCAGCCACAGUCACAAUCGAGGAAAAAGAGAAGAAUAUAGAGGUUGAUGUUGACGGUGAAGGUACCAAGGGAGAUGGAGCUUCAAAUGAGAUAGAAGAUGUGGAUAAGUUAGAGGAAGUAGAGACCUUUGUUCUGUCCACAAAGGUCAUGAAACCACAAGUAGUGAUGUGGGAUUCACCUACUGUACCAUCAAAAGAACCUAGAGCUGAACAAGAAAUUCAAAACUCAAAGAAAGCCUCUGAUACCACUAGAGAAGUUGCAACCUCACUAGAACCUCCACAACUUAAUCUAACUCCACUUUCAACUCCUGAAUUUGUAAAAAAGAGCCCUGGGCCCCCUGCUCCACCCAAGAAGAAGCCAAUCAAGGCACCUGCCAAAAAAGAGGACACUCCUGCACAAAGUGACCCAAUGGUCGUUACCCACUCCACCACUUCGUCUUCAGAAACAGUUGACAUCAAAUUGACGAUUCCCGAACCCAAAACUGAGCCAGCUGGUGAUGUGUCAAGUGAAGAUUUGGAGGAGAAGUCUUUAGACAGUGGCCAGCACUCAGGAGAGGAGUCUGAGACCGGUGACCAAGUUACACCAUCCUCCGCAAAGCUCAAAGGAAGCUCCCAGGGACUAGAUUUGGAGACCAGCGAGGACGAUUUAGAACCAUCUGACAGCAAAGCUGAGAGUUUGGAGGAGCCAUCGAUAGAAACCCCAUCCACCACCCCAAAGACCUCAGAUCUCAAUGCACAUCCAACCACAAGCCAGUGUGCCAACAUGUCCCUGCACCUCACCAUGCCUCUCAAGCUUUCUUCCAAGGCCCGCUCCGCAUCCCUAGGCAACCUCCUUGUGGAGAAUGCGGAGGAGAUGGAAAGCAAUGGAAAAAAAAUACCAAUUAACCCAGAUGGAAGUGACGUAAAGGACUUGCAAAGCAAAGUGUCUUCUGAGAUCAAAGAGACUGGAGAGCUGCUGAACGCAAUUGCGACUGCACAGAGUGGUGAGACGGAAACGAAGGGGGACACGAGUCCAGAGAUCUUGCUCUCUGCAGCAAUGGAGAAGCUCAGGAAAGCUGACCAGUUCUUGAAGGAAGCCACAAAUCUAAAAGAUCUUAAUAAAAGAAACAGAUUAAGUUUGUAAUGGUAAGUGUUGGUGGAAGGAACCUGUAGGGAUGAUCUAUGCUGAAAAUGCAGUUUCACAGUAUGCAAAUGAUCAAAUGCAAUUCUUAUCCCCAACCAUUUUCAAAUCUCUGAGCAACUUUUUAAACCUCGCAAGGCUAAGAUGCCUUAAAGCCCGGGUAUACUUCUCUUUCCACGUUCUACUUCGUCUUGUGCUCAGCCGUGUCCACACAGCUUUCAAAGUAUACUCAACCGCGGAUGAGGGUGGAUGGAUGAAUUGUAUCACCUAGUGAACUCGUUCUGUCUCAACUUUUACAUGCCUGUGCUGUUGUACGUGGACACAAAAAUUGGACUGCACGCAAACAGUGUGCACAGAUGUCCGCGGAAAUGUCUGAUGACUACAAUUGCGUCACGUGGACAGUCUGCAGACCGUUGCAGAACAUGGAUGGCCAAAGUAUACUUUAGGCUUAAAAGUUUUGCUGAUGUAGCUGUAUAGCCUCUGCUGCAGGGUUCCUCAAAUCUGGUCCUGGGGGGCCACUGCCUUGCAGAGUUUAGCUCAAACCCUGAUCAAACUCAAUUACCUGUGAUUUUCUAGGGAUCCUGAAGACCUUGAUGAGCUUGCUCAGGUGUGUUUAAUUGACCCUUGACAGGCAAUCUGACCAGUCAUAAUGGCGAAUCUGCGAUUUUUGUCCGACAAACAAACCAGUCAGGAGAGUAGAUAAAUGUCGGUGGAAUUGAAUUUAAAAAUUGUGUGUACUGACGUCUUUACACGGUUGAAACAAGAUACCUUCUGAUGUUCAUUCAUGUUUAUUUCUAGCGAUAACUAGUAAAGAGGAAGAGUUGUCUGUUGGCGUGUUGUCAGUUUCCUCUUUGCUCCGUAAUGUAUUUUUCACUGCGUGAGAACACAAUGUGUGGCAUGAGAGCGGCAUGGCUUGUCAGAUGUAGCAACAGUAACGAAGGGGGCCGGGUCCUUGCGAAGGGUCAAUUAGGGUUGUACGAGAACUUCCUUACAGUUUUGGUAAUGUAGCCUCUAGGGUUGCCGCCCAGUCCUGUUCCUGGAAAUCUACCUACCUGCAGAGUUUAGUUCCAGCCCUGCUUUCAUACACCUGUCUGUAAUUAUCAAGUGCUCCUGAAGGUCUUAUUUAGGUGGUUCAGGUGUGUUUGAUCAAGGUUGGAGCUAAACUCUGCAAGAAAGUGGACCUUGAGGGCCAGAAUUGAGGACCCCUGCUCUAGAUGAUGACACUGCAGGCCUGCGUGUUGAUGGUAGGAAGACAGACCAUUUUCUCUCCAAAUUGAGAUAAAUUUGGACAUUUAUUUUGUGGAGAAACAUGCAAAAUUUGCUAGCCAGUUAAUAUACCUGCUGUUAUGUCACGUAAUGUGAUUUUAGCUUGCUUCCGAUCUCACAUUACGCUCGCUUACUGUGUUUCUUAUUCCAUACAUUUAGUUAUAUUUGCCACUUUGUUAGUUGGAUUUAAACCCCCAUAAAUUACAUCUGCACAUAACCACUUUUUGGAUAAAUUAGCGUUUUACACUUUUAACACAUUUGUUGAAGGGGGAUAUGUUGAAAUUUGCACUGCUUUUAAAAGUUGUGUUUGUAUGUUUUAAACAGAAGUCCCAAUUUCCCACCAAUUUUUCGAAGCCAUUUUGCCAACUUCGGCCAAACUGAAUUAGACCACCAGCCCCUUCAACCACACAACCUCUCUUCAAAACUCUGGCCCUUCAAAGCCAUCUCAGCCAACCUGAAUAUGCAAGAUAAUUCACAGGGAGAUUUUUCUGUUUGGCUCCCGUUCAAUAUCUUUGAGACACCUUUUUCAGUAAUGUCUGUCAGGUAAAAUAAAAAAAGAAAUAAAAUUACAGCACCUUAAUCUUAUAAUCUAUACAGGUUAAUAAUCAGUUUAAAACUAAAUAUGUAGCAUAUGCAUAGCAUUGCUAUAUAUUUCCUGAUCCAUGUCCGUUGUAUAAAGUACAAUAAAGGUCCUUGCACACGGAGUCCGAAAUUUUAUAUGCGUUUUUUCGUGUUUUUUCAUAUACGUCAUCCUUUCCUAUCAAAAUUAUUGCUACGGAUGCAAAAACGCAGAAAAUCAAACCUGUAGCUUUCCUGUAGCUCAAAUAGUAGAGCAUGGCGCUAGCAACGCCAAGAUCAUGGGUUCGAUUCCCAGGGAAAGCAAGAGCAGAUAAAAUGUAAAAACUGUAACUUGAAUGCAAUGCAAGUCGCUUUGGAUAAAAGCGUCUGCUAAAUGCAUAAAUGUAAAUGUAAUCCGAAAUUUUUAUGACAGACGAAAGUUUCGGAGAAAGUGUGUAAACGUGAUUGACACAAUGUGUGGUCGUAUUCAUUUUUUAACAUUGCGAAAAUUUCGGACAAGGAUUUUGGACUCUGAGUGCAAUGACCUUUAGUCUUUAGUUUUGUGCUAGCAUUCAGGUCUGAAUAAUUAAUGACUACCUAAUCUAAAAAUAUCCACAAUUUAGAUUUUCAUAAAUACACUACCGUUUAAACAUUUGGGAUUAGUAAGACUUUUUAAAUGUUUUUGAAAGAAGUCUCUUAUGCUCACCAAGGCUGCAUUUAUUGGAUCAAAAAUACAGUAGAAACAGUAAUACUGUGAAAUUGUAUUACAAUUAAAAAUAACUUUUCUGUUUGAAUAUAUUUAAAAGUUGGAUUCAUUCCUAUUAUUUGAUAUUAUCAAAUCAAUGUUGGAAACAGUGCAGCUUAAUAUUUUUUUAAUAUUUUUGUUCAGUAUUCUUUGAUGAAUAGAAAAUUUAAAAGAACUUUGAAAUAUAAAUGUCUUUACUGUCACUUUUGAUUAAUUUAAUGCAUCCUUGCUGAAUGUAAGUAUUAAUUUCUUUAAAAAAAAAAAACCUUUCUGACUCGAAACUUUUGAACGGUAGUUACAGCUUAAAGUUUUAACAGAGUUGAAGCUACUUCACCCAGUUGCCUUCAUUUUCUGCCAGCCUCGUCUGAAAGUGUUUGCACAUGGUAACACUGCAAAGAGCCACAUAAUCAUGCAAAGAGUAGUUAAUAGUUUGUUCUUUGUCAUACUGAUGCGGUGGGCACAGUGGUUUCCCUGUUCACACAGUCUAUUAAUAAUCUACAGAUACUAGUUUCAUGCUGCACUUCACCUUUAGGUUCCUUACGCAGAGAGAACUGGUUAGCGAAGGCUAUUAUGGGUAACGGUUAAUGAGUCUGCAAAACCAACUGUGUAGAAGAUGGUAACAUCAAGGUAGUUUUACUUCAACGUAUUCUAGACCUAACAGAAUCAAGAAAAUUCCCAUGAUGAAAAGUGUUUUUUUAUGGUACCAUUUUGUAAGAUAUGAUCUUACAUGUAAAUAGUCCUUGAUAUAAAGUACAUAGUCUUUGAUAAUGAGAUUCAUUUUAGCUCUUUGUCCUUUGCGCAGUACAUUUAGUGUUUAAUUUGCUAAUAUCCCUCUGAAGUUUCGAUUUGUAUCAUUUAUCUCAUAUUUUUAUAAAAACCAUAGCUCAGUGAAUAUUUGAACAUUAUGUUGUAAAUAACACGGCCACCAGGGAAAUGCUUAAUAUUUAAGUUAUUAAUGUUCUGACACAUUCAUCUGUAUUGUCUGUCUAAAACAAAGCUAAAGAACAAAUUUAGAAAUACUGUUUACUGUUAAAUGUUUACUGUUGAAGUUUGAAGAGGCUAAUGAUUUUAUUAUAGAGUCUGUUAAUUGCAUUUACUAACUGGACUAAUUUUUUCAAUCUAAAUGCAUAUUAAAUGUGCAAAAAUGGGAAAUAAUUGCUUUGCAAAGCAUGUCUUAAUAAAGACAAAGUGUCUUUAAUAUUCA